GUGUAGCAGUUUAUGAGAUGCAUAGGUCACCAAUACAAAAUAGAACAUAUUCCCCUUGGGCAGUUAAAAAGGUUCUGAAAGAAAAGGAGAGUGGAAUAGUGGAGUCGAUGGAAAAAAGAUUACGAUUUGAAGCAGAAAUUCUUCGAAAAUUAAAACAUCCAAAUAUUGUCGGAUUUAGAGCAAUUAGCAAAGACGAAGAUGGUAAUAGUGCUUUGAUAAUGGAGGAAUGCUCCAGCUCUCUGGGCGAUAUGAUUGAAAACAGACUGGAUCAUCUGGGUGAAGUACCAUAUUCACCAAAUACUAUAUUGAAGGUGCUUCGAGACAUAUCAAAAGCCUUGGAUUAUCUUCACAACACCGCCUUGUUGUUGCAUGGAGAUAUGAAAUCAUUCAACGUACUUAUUAAAGGAGACUUCAUUAUUUGCAAGUUAUGUGAUUUUGGAGUAUGUUUGCCUUUAAACAAAUCGGGACAACUAGAUAAAGAAAGGAAUACUAACCAAUCUUUUUAUAGUGGUACUGAUGUUUGGAGUGCUCCAGAAAUAUUAAAAUUUCCCCAAGAAGUUACCUCUAAAGCCGAUAUUUAUGCAUUUGGUUUAAUCAUUUGGGAAAUGAUUGCCUUAUCACCACCCAUUGACGAUGAUUUGAUGAUGAAUUUGGAUCAGUCUGCAGAAGACUCUUCAAAUAGUAUUACAGAAUUCGACCGAGAGCGCCCACCCUUGCCUGAUGUUGACUUAGGAACAGAAUAUAAUUUGGUACUGCAAAUAUAUUAUUGCUGUACGGCUAAAAAUAAGGAUGAUUUGCAUGAAUAA